AUGGGGUUAUAUACUUGGGGUAAGACCACUAACCUGGCCUUGGGGUAUGGACAGUUCUCCCAUAGUGCUGACCAGAACCGGGCAAGGCAGGUGGUCUUCCCCAAUGGCGAGGUGCCCGCCGCUAUCUCCUGUAGUGCCUUCCACACAGUAUGCGUGUGCGAGUCGGGCUAUGUGGCAGUGUGGGGCUUUGGUCAAGGCCACAGGCUGGCGACCGGUGAUGCUCAGAGCCGUGUCGACCCUGUGCUGUUGGGCUCUGGAAGAUUCUCUGGAGUUCCCAUCACGAAGGCCCUAGCGUCAGUAGACAACUCUAUGUUCCUAGAUGCAGAAGGGCAUGCCUACUUGGCUGGCAGCAACAAGUUCGGCCAGUGCGGUCGAUCCCUACACGUGGACGUCUGCAAGGUCCCCACCAUUGUUAAGCACCUUACUAGUCCCUGUUGCGAUAUUGCUAUUGGGGAUAAACACUGCAUGGUGGUAGACGCUGACACUCAGAUGGUCCUGGCUUGGGGCGACAACUCUGCUGGCCACGGGUCGCCCAGCCACUCAGUCGCCUUGGUGAAGAGUAACCUUCCAAUCAUCCCAAGGGCCCCGAGGGGUCGUGUCCCAGGCCUGCAGGCAUUGGCUCAGUGCCAACUUGCCCGAUCCGACGUCCAUAUCGGUUCUAUUAUGAAGACGACCUAUGAGCUGUGCGUAGCUGAUGCCCUCCCAUGUGGGUUUGUGAGGUUCCCUCUACUAGUUGACUACUGCAUAGUCACUUUCCUUUGCAAUAUCCUUUUACUAUAUGCUAAGUCGCCAGACACUGUGAUAAGAUUGUUGAAGUGCCUAGCCCCCCUGCUGAGACAUGUUGUGGCGCGGCGUGAGCGGGGAGAGCUUUCUUUGUACUAUCAAGGGCUGUACGACAGGCCGGCGGAUAUUCUGAAUACCCUCUUAUCACAGGAGGAUGCGGUCCAGCAUAUGGUCAGUCAUAUGGCUGUGCUCAGACACGAGGAGGAGGGAGCAGAGGCCGCCACAACAGUAGUAGAGGAGAAGUCGAAGGAGAGUGGAGGGAGGGCCACCAGUGCCGCGGUGGGAGGCUCGUUGGACAGCCUUGAACACCGUCAACAGAAACGACUAGACGCGGUCGUCAGGAAACAGGAGGUCCUCACCGAAGGCGUCCGACGCAAAUCGAUCGGUGGUGGUGGUGGUGGUAACCGUCCUGAGUGGAAAGAAGUCCAGACGGUUCAGGCCAAGGCAGCGAGAGAGAACCAACCGAAGAGCCCUUCUUCUGCCUCCCGGUCUCGGGCAGGUUCGGGUUGCAUGUCGUCUCCUCGGUUACGGUCGACUAGCAAUAUUUCGGACUCCGGCCCGCAGCCCCGUACGCCUACUCUUGGUGACUUCAUUUUCACGGGGACGAGGGUUUCGCCGCCGCAGGCCCACGCGAGGUCGUGUCCUUGGGCGAGUUCGCCUAGAAGGAGUGAGGCGCGGUUAUCUGAGGUGAUAGAGGAGCAGAGGGCCAGCAGUAGCAGCUCAUCGUCUUCUGCUAGUGCUCGGUUACCUAAUGACCGUUGCUCUUGGGGCAUGGACGUGACCCCUGGCGUGCGUAGACCUAGUGCGUUGACGGCCGUGAUGGAGGAGGAGAGGGCGGCUCGGGAGGCUGUGAGGUUGGUGGAGGAGUUCGAGAGGAGUGAGCGGGAAGCUAGACGACUGGCGGCUAUCGAGGAAGCUGCGGCCCUGCAGCGACAUCAGGAGGAUCAUCCAAGACGACAGCGGCGUCCACAAGGGCAUGGUCGGCAUGGUAAGGGCAAAGGGCGUGGGAAGGGCCGAUGGGUGGAAGAUCCCCUAAGAGCACCUACUGAUCUGGACGUUGUGGAGACGGCCACUGCUGUGAGGAAGUUCUAUACUACUUGGCUUGGCACCUACGGCCCGCCCGAGAAGAUCGAACUGUGUGACCCUGAGGGCUCUCUGGUUUGUAUAUACGCCCAGAGAGAUGCCGCACUGUUGGCGGUGGAUUGGAUGCAUCAGAGUCGGCCUGUGGUGGCGGGGACGAGAGGCAAUGCCCGGGAUGGACAGGUUAUUGCGACGCUCGCCUCCAAUAGACGCGAACUUCACACUGUAGAUGGGCGCAAGAUAUACUCGUAUGAGGGUGUGCUGCCGUUUACUGUGACGAACGGCCAGCUCUCGGAUAGUAGAGUGACAAUGAUCAUCUGUCUCGAGAAUCUACCACCAGAGACGACGUGUGAGGAGGUCUAUGCGGUCGUCGGCAGAUUCUCUAGGUCGGUGUACAUCCCUUCGGAGACCCAGGCGGAAGGCAAAGUUAUGUGCUCUUUCCGAAGCUCUGGGGAAGCUCAUCUGUUCAUGGCUGCUGUGAAUUAUGCAUGGGGUCCUUCGAUAACGCCUCUGUUGUCGAUGGCGCGCAACCAUUACCGGGCAUUGGAUGUGUUAUUGAAUAUUACGAGGGAGAGGCUGGACGCAGAUAGAACUUCCAACAUGGAUAGCAUUUGUAGCAACGACGGCAGUUCGACUACUAGGAGCAAUUUGGAUGAGAGUGUGAGGUGUCCUCCAAGUUCGAAUCGUUCAACUCCACGGCCGGCGCCGAUGCUGAUACCUCCCGCGGCGUUCCAAGAUCCGAUCGGCAACUGUUUAGUGUUCAAUCCCUUCGCCGUCCAUGCUCUCAGUAGAGCCUAUGAGAUGCUGGCUGGUUGGUAUCCCCCAGGGUCUUUGACUCUGGUCAAGCCCGACACGAUCGGGAGGCAUCACCUGAAUGCUCACUCUCGGCAAGGUCACAUGGCUGAUGCUAUGAACAGGUCAACUCUGACACAAUAG